UUGACGUUCAUGACGUUUUGCUACUUUCAUUAGUAUCACUUUGAAGUUAAUUGGAAAAUAUUUGUUUUAUCGUCAAAAUUUGUUGUGUUUCUCCCAUAAUUAGUUUAAAAAUACGCGUUUAUAGAUAAAAUGGAUCAAUAUUAUCAAGGAGGAGAAGAAGAAAUACAAUGUGACUGUUCGCCAGAUGCUGCUUGUCAGCAGUACCAAAACGAUGAAGAAUUGAAUUGCGAAUGUUCACCGUCAGCACCUUGUCAGCAACCUCAAGACUUAACUUGUGCCUGUUCAAAAGAUGCAGAGUGUAAGAAAUCUCCUGAAGAGAAGCAAUUAUUGGAACUUACGGACAUAGGUUUACUGAGGCCUGAAAUUAAACAAAUAGAUGUAGAUCCACUACUAGAAGAACCUUAUUCAAAUGUAGAUAUUACGAGUUCUCAAGUUCUUAUGGUUGAUGUACCUGGAGAAGGCGAAGCGACAGAUGGCGCUACUGACACGAUACUGUACGAUCCCGACGAACUGUUUAUGUUUAUUGCACCUCAAAGUCACAAUUUAACUGUCCAAAGACAAAGAUUAUUAGAUUGUUACAUUGAAGAUCUAUCACUCAGUGAAGUAGAAGAAGCAGCUGUUGCUUUGAGAUUGCUAGUAAAUUUGUUUAGACAGAGAAGAAUGGAUAUGAAUAAAUUGGUACCAUUAUUUAAUCUCAUUAAAGGAGAUGGACAAGGGGGAGAUCUUCUAGGCUGUGGUUGUCCUCCUCAAUAAUAUGAUAAUUUUUGCUUCCAAAAUAAAUUUUUAUAUUAACAA